GCCUCCUCCCAAACACACCCUGAGCAGGGUGAUGAUCACCAAAAACCGAGGGAAAGACAAGUUGUGGUCCUACACCAGGGAGCCAAUCAAACAGCCCCUGCUGAAGAAGGUCCUAAGCAGCGAAGAGCUAUCUCAAGAAGCCUGCAUGGCUUUCAUUGCCAUCCUGAAGUACAUGGGCGAUUACCCCUCCAAAAGGACCCGCUCCGUGAAUGAGCUAACAGAUCAAAUCUUUGAAGGGGCCUUGAAGGCUGAAGCUCUCCGAGACGAGAUUUACUCGCAGGUCCUGAAGCAGCUGACCGACAACCACGUGAAGUACAGCGAAGAAAAAGGCUGGGAACUGCUCUGGCUGUGCACGGGACUCUUUGCGCCUAGUAACGUCCUGCUCCUUCAUGUCCAGAGGUUCGUCCAGUCGCGGAAGCAUCACCCGCUCGCCAACGACUGCCUGCAGAGGCUGCAGAAGGCUCUGAGGAACGGGUCCCGAAGAUAUCCUCCCCAUCUGGUGGAAGUGGAGGCCAUUCAGCAUAAAACGACGCAGAUUUUCCACAAAGUCUAUUUCCCGGAUGACACUGAUGAGGCAUUUGAAGUGGAAUCAGGCACCAAAGCCAAAGAUUUCUGUCAAAGCAUUUCCAAACGUCUGCUUUUAAAAUCACCGGAAGGAUUCAGCCUUUUUAUUAAGAUUUCGGACAAGGUCAUCAGCGUCCCGGAAGGAGAUUUCUUCUUUGACUUCGUCAGGCAUCUGACCGACUGGAUCAAGAAAGCGAGACCAGCAAAAGACGGGCUUGUGCCUUCUCUCACCUAUCAAGUCUUUUUCAUGAAGAAGCUGUGGACAAACACCACGCCUGGGAAGGAUUCCAUGGCGGACUCCAUUUUCCAUUAUUAUCAGGAGUUACCAAAAUAUCUUCGGGGCUACCACAAAUGCACCCGGGAAGAAGUCCUACAGCUUGGAGCCUUGAUCUACAGGGUGAAAUUCGAAGACGACAAAUCCUGUUUUCCUAACAUUACAAAACUUCUCAAGGACUUGGUGCCCGAGCCGCUGAUUCGACAGCUGUCACCGGACGACUGGAAAAGAUCCAUCGUGGCCUAUUUCAAUAAACACGCAGGCAAAACGAGGGAAGAGGCGAAGUUGGCUUUCCUCAAGAUUAUAUUCCGCUGGCCCACGUUUGGAUCGGCUUUCUUCGAAGUGAAGCAAACCACGGACCCAAAUUAUCCAGAACUGCUCUUGGUUGCCAUCAACAAACACGGCAUUAGCCUCAUCGACCGUAAAAGCAAGGACGUCCUGAUUACCCACCCGUUCACGAAGAUCUCCAACUGGAGCAGCGGCAACACCUAUUUCCACAUCACCAUUGGCAAUUUGGUGCGAGGGAGCAAGUUGCUGUGUGAGACGUCACUG